AUGUAUUUUAGCACCCCUAGAAAUUUUUUUCUGGCUCUGCCACUGGCCAUCAGCAUCAUUGUGUUAUUAUUAUUAUAGCAAGUUAGGAAUUAAGUAGAGUAUGUGUGAUUUGGUAGCUCGUACUGGUCGACUUCAACAGCGUUACGAGGCUGGUUAUCGCCUUGUCGCUGGGUGUAUUCCGUUUAGAUGUAAACACCUUGAUGAGAGCAGUGAUGACACAUCUGAGAAGGCUGUGGAGGUGCUUAUGAUUAACUCACCAAGUGGACCAGGUCUUCUGUUUCCGAAGGGAGGCUGGGAGAAUGAUGAAACAGUAGAGGAGGCAGCAGUGAGAGAGGCCUUAGAAGAAGCUGGAGUUCGAGGAGUUCUGAUGUGCCCAACAAGAUCUACAGAAAACCGGUCUACGGAAGUAACAGUUGUCUUGAUAAAAUUUCAGAAAUUCUUGGGACAUUACAACUUCAAGAGCAAAACCCAUGAAGACAAGUUCAACCCGGAGGGGUUAUGUAAAGCUGCCAUGUUUGCCUUGCUGGUGAACGAGGAGCUAGACUCAUGGCCGGAACAGAGUACGCGUGAGAGGAGAUGGUUGUCAGUUCCUGAAGCAGCAGAGCUCUGUCGCCACUCUUGGAUGAAAGAUGCACUAGAAAAUGGCUUUGCUGAGUGGUAUUCAAAGAAGGAUAUCAUGAACUCAGGCGAGGAGGAUGGCCAACCACCCACCUCGGAACCUUCUUCCCCGGAGCACAAGUGAUUGAAAUCUCCUUUUGUUCUUGUGUAAUUUUUGGAAGCAGAUAUAGUUUCAGUUUACACUUUUCAACCUCGUGAAUCAUUCAUCUGGAAGAUAUUUUAUGUCAUACAAUUUCACCAAAUUAAAGACGUGAGUAAUGACAAUUUAAAGUUGGGUGAGUAUGAAUAACAGUGGUGAAUUUGACAUCUUA